UUUACAAAAAUAAACAAUUCCAAUUCCUGACUUCAAGCAAUGAAAAGACAAAAUGUGAGAACUCUAUCAUUAGUCGUAUGUACAUUUACUUACCUGCUUAUCGGAGCUGCCGUGUUUGACGCCCUAGAGUCCAAGGAAGAAGAAAGACGAGAUGGCUUAUUAAAAGUUUCCACAAAUGCCCUAAAGAGAAAAUACAACAUAUCUGAAGAUGACUACCGAAUGAUUGAACUAGUCAUCAUCGAAUACAAACCCCACAAAGCCGGUCCCCAAUGGAAAUUUGCCGGUGCUUUCUAUUUCGCCACAGUUGUUUUAGCCAUGAUCGGCUACGGGCACUCGACACCGGUCACUGCAGGUGGUAAGGCUUUCUGUAUGGGCUACGCUAUGGUUGGAAUCCCCCUCGGGCUCGUCAUGUUUCAAAGUAUCGGUGAACGUUUGAACAAAUUCGCUUCCGUCGUCAUCAGACAAAUAAAAAAGUACCUGAGUUGUCAAAAAAUCGAAGCGACCGAGAUGAACCUCAUGUUUGCUACUGGGAUGCUGUCUUCCAUAAUAAUUACUACAGGAGCUGCUGUGUUUUCACGGUAUGAGGGAUGGACCUAUUUCGACAGUUUUUACUACUGCUUCGUCACCCUCACAACUAUAGGCUUUGGCGACUAUGUCGCUUUGCAGAACGAUAAUGCCCUCAUCAACAAACCUGGUUACGUGGCUCUAAGUUUGGUUUUUAUUCUGUUUGGGCUGGCAGUGGUUGCUGCCAGCAUUAAUUUGCUGGUAUUACGUUUCAUGACAAUGAACGCGGAAGAUAUACGUCGUGACGAUCAAGACCUGCAGUCUUCCUCCCAUCACGUGCUCACUUUGGACGGUGAAGUUAUGGCGGUGAAUGGGAAACUGUUGGCGGGGCAUGCAUUUAUUGGGGAAGAGGGUGAGAUAGAUCAAAUGUCGGUUUGUUCCUGCAACUGUUUGGGCUUAAACCAUGCCGAAAAUGAAGAGCUAUUGCUGGAUACAAGUUAUCAUCCAUCUCACACCGUUCUGUCCUCAAAUUUGCGGAUCAAGAGGGCAUCGGUGUGACAUAAUUUUAAGUUAUAAUAAAAGAGAAUGAUAAA